UGAAGACCCCCUGCCUUAGGGGUGUUUGUGGCUGUGGCUCCCAACUGGCCUUCUCCAAGGGAACCUAUAGGGGAGGCUGCUGGUGCUGGAUGGCCAAGGAUGAUGAAAAGGGAGCGAGAUUCAAACUGCUUCUGCACUGGACAAAGUCAAAAUGGGAAAAAAAGGCAAAUGAGCAGUGUUAACCAAAACAGUCCAAGGUUGAUUAGUGGCCUGCCAGCUACAAGAUUCUCCUCUGCAGAGUAUGUAAAAGAUGCUGCAAUAUUUAUGGUUUCAAGAUUCAGACAAAAUCAGUAUGGAGUGAAUUACAUUGCAGUAUAAGAAAAGUGUAUGGAUACUUGGUGAGAAAGAAAGAGGAGCAAGUUCUUUAAGCUUUUUUCAGUUUGCUUGAUUAGUAUUGGAAAUAUGUAGUUUUGCUGAUGUCAUUGAACACACAAGAUUGGUCAAACUUCAUUAGGUUUAUUAUUUGGGGAAGUGAGCAUGCUUUCAUGUGAUUAACAAUCAGAGGAACUUGUGAAAGUGACAACUAUAUAAAUGCAGCUUACAAAGCUCUACUAAUCUUGAUCAAAGAAGAACAGUGCAAACAUGGAACAAGAACCUGAACGAGAACCCAGACGGAUAAGGGAAGGCUAUCUAGUGAAGAAGGGGAGUAUGUUUAAUACCUGGAAGCCCAUGUGGGUAGUGCUGUCAGAAGAUGGAAUUGAAUUCUUUAAGAAGAAGACUGAUAACAAUCCUAAAGGAAUGAUUCCCCUCAAGAACAGCACACUGACCAGUCCCUGCCAGGAUUUUGCUAAACGAACAUUUGUCUUUAAACUCUCAACGGCCAAACAACAGGAUCACAUCUUCCAAGCUUCUCAUCUUGAGGAUAGAGAUGCUUGGGUGAAAGAUAUCAAGAAGGCCAUCAAAUGUAUUUUGGGAGGACAAAGGUUUUCCAGGAAAUCAACCAAGAAAUCUAUCAGGCUUCCUGAAACCAUUAAUCUGAGUGCUUUGUAUCUCUCUAUGAAAGACCCUAACAAGGGGAUACGGGAAAGGAAGCUGGAAAAAGACAAGAAAAUUUUCAAUCACUGUUUUACAGGUAGUUCUGUGAUCGAUUGGUUACUGUCAAACAAUUCAUUACGAAAUCGCCAAGAGGGUAUAGUGCUGGCAUCUGCCCUAUUGAAUGAAGGCUACUUUCAGGCUGCUGGUGAUACAUCGAAGAAUGCACUUCAAGGCCUAUCAGAAACCCCCUUCUUGGAUAUUGAGGAUGCCUAUUACUAUUUUGCAGACAGUGGUUUCUUCUGUGAGGGCAACUCCAGUGAUGAUGACAUGGUCUUCAAGGAAGAAUUCAGAGGCCUGGUGGUCAAACAGGGUUGUCUGCUGAAACAGGGUCAUAGAAGGAAAAACUGGAAAGUGCGGAAAUUUGUUUUGAGAGAGGACCCUGCCUACAUGCAUUACUACGAUCCUGCGGCAGGAGAAGAGCCACUUGGAGCCAUUCACUUGAGGGGCUGUGUAGUGACGGCAAUUGAAGAUACAUCAGAUGGCAAAAAAAAUGAAGUGGAGGGAAACCUCUUUGAGAUUAUUACCGCAAAUGAGGUGCACUAUGUCCUUCAAGCAGCCACCUCUGCAGAACGUACAGAAUGGAUCAAGGCCAUUCAGCUUGUCUCCAGAACUGGAAAAUGAAAGACUGGUGAUUUUAGCAAAAAAGGAAAAAAGAAAAACCCUCAAAAAAAUUUACCAGCUCAAUAAAUCUCUGAAAAGGAAUAUCAGCUGGUCUAAAAUUUAAACUGUUAUUUAACAAUAGUUUGUUUUAGAAUUGGCAGAGUAUUUGAUGUUGUGCAGAUCAGAUUUUUCUACGGUAUUUGCUACUAUCCCAAAGAGGAAUGGUAAUCUAUAGAUCUUCAGAUGCUGCUGACGAACACCCAGCCUACAACCAAUAUGGCCAAUGAUAAGGGAUAGUGAGGGAACCAAUUUACUAGCAUCUGAAGGAUCCAAAACUUUUUUUUGUUUAAAAUGCAAUCAUACAUAUAAUUAGAAUCUUGUGUUAUACUUGUUUUCUUGUAUGGGGCAAUUCUGAAGCAGAUGAAUGAAUAAAUAUGAUAAAUAUGAUAUGCUGCAUAUUGUGGUUCCAUUGUAAACAGUAUUUUCAAUACUGUUGAAAAAUAAAAUAUAUUUUUAAUAAAGUUUAACAAAAUAAA